AUGUUCUCCUUCUCCAAUUCGUCGGCGACGCCGCAACAGCCUAACCAGCAGCAGCAGCAGCCAACAUCCACCCCUUUCGGUGGCAGCACAGGCGGAUUCAACAACGCGUUCUCGACACCCGGCGGAUUUUCGCUCGGUAACAGUGCUUCCCACAAUACAACGCAGCAGCAGCAAGGUACACCGCAGUCGGGCGGUUUCUUCGGACAGAAGCCGAUGUUCGGUACCCCCGGGGCGCAGCAACCGCAACAACAGCAGCAGAACACCGGGUCGCUGUUCGGCAAUAACAGCACCGCUGCGUCUAACGCAGGUCAAGCCGGUCAGCAGCAGCAGCAGCCGCCGCAGCAGCAGACAAACCUGUUCGGAACACCCCAGAACAACAACAUGUUCGGGUCGUCCGCUUCGUCAGGAUUCGGCGGACAGCAACAGGCACAGCAGCAACAGUCAUCGCAGCCGAAUUCUUUCGGCCAGGGAUCGUUUGGCUUCAACUCGUCCUCUCCUGCGCCCUUCUCUGCUCAGCAGCAACAACAGCAGCCGCAGCAAAAUCAGUCCUUCGGGAGCCCCUACCAUCAUCCGAACGCACAGCAGCAGCAUCAGCAGCAGCAGCAGCAGCAGCAGUCCAAUGCAUUUCAACACAACGGUCAGCCGAGUCAACAGCAACAGCAAGUUAUCGAUCAGCAGAGAUUCAAUCUGGAACAGCAGAGUCAGAACAUGAGCUACAUUCCAGGCUAUCUCAGCCGCACAAAGGUGGUCAAGCCUUACAAGCUUCCUGUGCGCCAAGCAGAGCCUACUUCUCCUGAAGCGACACAGGAUGCCGAUACGAGCAUCGCUUUCGGAACCCCAGCGUCCAAGUCUGGCAAAGAGGAUAGCACCCCUUCGUCCAAAGGUCAAGCGUCUCCGGUUGGACGUUUCAGUUCGACCUUCUUCAACGACAGGCGCGACGACGCAACGUUCAGUCGAGCUGGCUCAGUCGGCCCGGGAACACCGUGGCGAGGCGGCAAGGAGAGUAUCUUUGGAGCGGGCGGUCUGCGAGGAGGUCGUCAGUCCGCCACACCCGCUCCCCAGACUGCAUCCGCCACGCCUGCUCGCAAGACAUCCACAGAAUCUCCCGUUCGCACCAGUCGCUCCACUUCAACACCGCCCGCAGCAUCCAGCUCCUUCAGUCUGGCACAAGGAGCAAUCGACCAGGACGAUGACGAAGAUGCUCCGCCGCAGGAGCGUCUCGAAGAUGAAGCUUCCGCUGCAGCUCAGUCCUCCUUCUUCUCUUCUGGGUCUUCCUUCGCGAACAAUUUCCGCAGUUCGCCAAAUCCGGAUUCUUCAUCUGCACAAUCGCUCGGUCCCGGACGCUCGGGGCUGUCGACUCCAUCUUCCCACGCAUUGCAACAGGCAUCCCCGUCGCAGGGUCUCGCAUCUUCUAACGAUGGAGCCUCAUCGUCUGCGUCUGCCGAGAAGAAUACCGCCCUGGGGAUGGCGCAACGUACUGUGCUCCUCUACGGAUACCCUACCUGGAUGGAGAAAGCUGUUCUAGAGCUCUUUGCCAGCAUUGGCGGCGUCGAACUGAUGGAAGCGAUCGACUUGACUGGGAGCGGCUCGGCUCAGGAGCAGGCCACAGCUCAGCCCUCGUCUCCCUCGCUCUCGUGCUGUACCCGCCUUCGUUACUCGGAGUCGUUCCAGGCACUUCAUGCUCUUCGUCGCAACGGCGAAGUCGUCGCCGGCGCGUGUAUGGUCGGUGUUCGAUGGGAGGACGACAAUUUCAACCAAGUUGCUCUCACCAACGGCGUCGAUGCCGUCUUCCGUAUGGAUGUCUUUCCCUCGAGUCGUACAGCAGAGAUAUACAAGGCAUCUUCGAAGGCAAUCGCAGUGCCAGCAAUCGAUGCGGCUUCGGGUGCAUCUGCACUUUCAACAUCGCGAUCUCAGGGCGCAAGCUCCUCCGGCUUGGCAGGUGUCGACGCGUCGAACGGACAGAGAAGUCACCACUCGAUCGCGUCCGGACAAGGUGGCAACGCUCGUUCAUCUCGCAACGAAACAGGAGCUUCUUCGAGUUCAGGUGCGCCAUCUGGAGGCAGCAACAUCUCGUACCCUGCUUUCGGUCGACCGCUGUCCGUUAUCAACGAUCCGUCCAUCGCAUUCAAGCCAUCAGCCUCGACGAGCAAUUUGGGCGGCAUCGCAGGCUCGCCUUUCAAAGCCGCCUCGUCUCUCUUUGGUUCCAGCGCCGCCGCUGGCUCGCCUAAGCCCGCCACCCCCUCGGCGGGAGCUGGUGCCGCCGACAACAAGCCUGGCGCUGCUGGCGCAAGUACGAGCGUUCUUGGUAGGAUCACUGAUGGCAUCUUUGGCUGGUAG